GCGUCCGUUUUUUUKAUGUUUGUGUGUUUGCUCUCYASGCGUAACGCCUUGGAGAGCAUGCUUCAUGAGGACGAGUGGGACAAGAUCCMAUGGGAGUCGUCGAAGCGCAGACAGGCUCUCUGGGUUCGGCARGUCAUCCGGUGCGCCGAUUUUCURGCGCAACGUUCAGUAUGUUGUCUCUGUCAUGACCCCUGUCCAYCAGCUGUUGAGGAGAUUGGACAGGGGCGACAUGAUCAUGUCCAUGAUGUACUCAUGGUCGCAGGAGUUGGCGCGACAGGUGGCUACUGUUGACGUCCCUGAUGGCAUGCGGAGGCCGUGCGUGGAGGCGGUGMAGAUCCGCACCAUGCAUAUGCUUGAGCCGGUGCACGCUGCGGCACACUUGUUCAACCCCCGCAGGYGCUCCCUCCGUWACUACGAGUCCRCCCGCAGGACAACUGCGGACCUCGAGGUCGUUACCGAGUGCGACUCGUUUUUCUUGGCGYAGACAAGCGGUGAUGCGGCGGGGGAUGCAUACUUGCGGGKGCGUCAGCAGAUGCGAUCCUUCCACUCCAGGGUUGGCCACACGACGGACAGGGUGACGAGGGGCGCCGAGGCGGAGGCCUAUGUAGGGGACGAGGAGACGAGCAGGUGCGCGUCAUGGUGGGUGGAGCACGAUGCAUGCUUCCCGGACUUGCAGGAGAUCGCUGGCCGUGUGAUGCACAUGUGGACGUCCGCCUCUCUUGCUGAGAGGAAUUGGGCAGAGCAUGAGCGCAUCCAGACGGCCAAGCGCAACAAGCUCAAGUUAAGGAAGGUUGCAUACGACCGCAGCGGGGGGUACGUUCUUCCGUGGGGCCACAUGGAGACCMUGGCUGAGGCGUUCCCCGACGAGUACACACACACCCCGCCCACCGCCCACAGGGAUGAUGAGGAGGAGCCUGAGCCAGAGGAGUGGGGAUCCCGACCUCGGUCGGCAGUGGCCGCAACCGAGGUUAGUGCACAGGUCCGUCGAUUCCAGCAGCAGGGUUCUCGUCGUCCGGAGCGAGUUGCUGASGUUUUCAGUCCCAGAGCCGAGACACUUCAUYCUUACGACUAUGUGCCCCCACCGCCAGCAGAGCCGGCGGAGACGUCGAAGCAGGAGUCYGACUCGGAGGAUUUGCCGCCCGGUGUAGAUAAGAGUGUCGRGAGACUYUAYUACACGUACGAUGCAGGACCGGACGAUUUUCAGCCACACUGCACCGUCAUUAAGGAGAGCGACGACGAUUCUUUUUCCCUUAGUGGGGGUGGUACUAGCGGGGCGAUGGGACGUGCUGCACGAGGCGCGAGUGGAGGUGUUAAAGGUGAGCCUAGUGGAGGGGUCACACACRACGAGGGAGKACGWACUUCACUACCUGCUCAGCCCACUGCUGAGAGAGAGAGGGAGCACGCGAGGCCGGCCUGCACGGACGACGACGACGACGUGCCAUUGGUCUUUCACAGAGCAYGCAUGGCGAGCGACAGAGCUCCGUCCACCACCGAGGGUCUUAGGAGAUCACUGCGGUUGCAGACGCAGGCCGACUCGUCCACGGGYGUCAGACGCGAGGUGUCCGGCUACCUGGAUGACAUUACAGCCGAUGAGCAUAUGCCGAGCCAGCACACACCCGCCUCGGCACCUCCAGGGGACAGGGAGCAGACGGACCUAUGCACGAGUGACUUUCCUAGACUCGGACACGGACUUUCUAACACUGGUUUUCAGGACGGGGCCACAGGGGAGAGAGAGUGGGGGAUGACGUCGAGUAUCGUCCUACGGAGGCUSGUACCGGAGUCAACGGAGGAGCUCCAUGCMUGCUURGAUCGAGAGGAGGAGCAGCGGUUGGAGGUGUUGCAGAGAGAGUGGGCGGGUAGAGCCGUGUACAUGGCGGAGCAGCAGCGUGCUCGGGAUUUGGAGACCGGUGCUGCAGUACCUGAUCCGGGCGGGGUGGAGCAUCGCGAUCCAUUUGCACCUGACCUUGCACAGACUGAGGGGCACGGUGAUCCGACCAUGCCAGUGCAUGAAGAUCCUUCCGUGUCCGACGUCGUACUUGGAUUUCGUGCGGCAGACACGUUGCAACCCGAUGAUGUACGGACUGAGGAGGCAGUUCAUAUGGAGGGUGAUUCUGACGAGCAUAGGGACAGAGGGCGUGGACCCGGUGCGGAGCCCCAUGAUGGGGCGAAUACUACGGGGCGACUUUCACCGUCGCCUAGUGCCGGUCCAGGUCGAUUGUCACACGGCCCCAUUGGUUGUGACGACAUGGACCUGCAGACUGAUGACCCGGAGGAGGUCGGAGGCAGUACGUCUUUGGCGUUAGUGUUGUGGCAUCCUUUAUCGGUGGCACACGACAUUCCGUCAGAGCAUGUCGAGGAGGAGGCGGUGCCGAUGAGGAGGAGGAGGGCGGUAUACCACCUGACCUUCAGGACCAUGCCAGAGCAAAUAUGGAGGAGGGGGAGAUUACACUUGGGCCACUCGCCCCUGAUGCGUUGCACCAUGCAGGAGUGGAGGAUCCGAUUACGAGGGGAGCUGCGGGAUCUUUUAGGGUCGGGGUUCGAUCGCCUCCGUUGUACACACCUGUGACCCCUCGGUAUUCUGGCUCUCCGACGAGCUUGGAGCGCGAGAAGCAUCGUUCAGAGUCCGCCAUGGCAACG